GACUGGAGGGAAAUGGGUUACUGCAGGUCAUUGGAGUGGCUGAAUGUGGGAUUGAGAUGACUGGGACAGGAGAAACAAUUUGAGGCCAUCUGGUGGACAGAAAGAGAAUAUAGCCAUGAAUAGGUUUUAGGAAAUGGGAAUGUGGCUGGAGGGAGGGAGAGAGGGGCAGAGUGAGAUAAUCAUUGAUCAAAUCAGAUAAAAGAAGCCUGAGGAGUCAUAUGACAAAGUCGUGAGGAGAUUGAGCAAUAUUGAAUCAACUUUCCAUUACUGGAAUUGUCUCUGUUCUGCAGCUUGACUUUGGGCCAAUCUAAACACUGCUGAAAGACUGUUAUUCCACUAUGUGUGAGUUGAAUGACCUGAAAGAAAAACUGGCAGCUCUGGAAACCAGGCUGAAGGACAAUGAACAGCAGCUUGUAGAGCUGAGGAACAAAGAGAGAACAAAAGUGAUAUUCAGCGCAGAGGCUGGGGCGAGAAAUGCAAUUGGACCUUUCAACACAGAGACAACUCUCAUCUACAAAACCGUGAUCACAAACAUCGGAAAUGCCUACAGUAAAUUCACAGGUAUCUUUACUGCGCCUGUUGCAGGUGUUUAUUACUUUACCAUCUUCCAUCAUUCUGGAGGACACCGUAGGACAAAGCUGUUUCUCUACAAGAACAGCCAGUGCAUGGUCGUAACGGAGGAUCAUAAAGCAGCUCAUGCAACGGCUCAUAACGGAGGAAACGCAGUGUUCCUGCAGCUGCAGCAUGGAGACCAAGUGUUUGUGCGCAUGGAUGCAAACUCACAUGUUUGGGGAUCAAACUACCAUACAACCUUCAGUGGUUUUUUGGUCAGUCAAAUGUGAGAACGAACGACCGCACAAUAAUUUACCACUUUGUUGUGAUAAACAAUCAAUACUUAUACACAUAUCUCUAAAAUGAUUAGUAAAUUACCAUUAGACUUUAGAAUCAACAGAGGGCAUGCAGAGAUGAUGUAGGGAGAUGUUAAUGAAAUGUGUGUUUUUUGUGUAACUGUAACUGCUGUUUGCUAUGGAUCAUAUCAGUAAUUCAUUGUUUUUUAUUAAUCUACUAUUUACGUCUUGGUGUAAGAUAAGAUAACGUCAUGAUAGAGAAUACAUCAUAUUAUAUUAUUAUUGUAAUACAAUCUGAAUACAUUCAAAUUCAAAUGAUUUCCUCUACUAACUUUAUUUCUUGUUCAAUUUGCUGUUACCUCAUGAAACACAUUCAUCUUUGCCAAGUUACUGAAGUAUCAGUGAAAAGUUGAGACACAUUUCUGUUUACAUUUCUCUAUGGUAUCAAAGGUUAUCUGAUUGCCAGUAAAUUUAGUUAAUACUAUUUUCUCAAGGCCGUUUCAAAAUGGGAUGUUAAAAAUUAACGGGUCAUCUUUAAACAACAUGAAAGCAGCCAGAGGGAUCACAUCAAUCAGAGUUUAGGUGACUGAACAGUGCUUAUGAGGCUGUAAAGUUAGAUUAGAAUUAAUAACAGCUCAUCUGUGAGCUUUGUUUCUCUCCUUUUCUCAAAAACAAUAACUUAAACUUCAGGUUUGUACAAUCAAUGCAUAUUUUGUACAAACUCUCAUGGCUUUCUAUAUCGUCCUUGCAUAGACUUUGUGUGUUUCUGUUAAAACCAAACAUUUGAGAAUGUUAAAGUAAUGUAAUAGGUUUACUAUCUUUUUUAUUAAGCCAAUUAAAUGUCUGGAUCCAUUUAUUGCAUCACUCACAGUAUACGGAGUUCUAUAGCUGGAUAAACAAAUGAUAGAUUUUCGCAGUGUAUACAUUAAACCGGCAAUUAUUUAUAAGUUAAAGUGAGAAUUGUGUCAAUGUAAAUAAAAUGUAUAUUUGUGUUUCCA